GGGUAGGCAAGAAAACACGUGGAUGUCUGACCGCCGCUAAUUAUUGCGACACGCGCGAUUUGACAACAACAAACCAAUUCGAAACAACAGCAAGAUGAAUAGAAAAAAGGAAAGCUCUUCGAAUGCCGAAAAAAUGAAGAAGUGGAGAGAACAAAAGUUAGAGAAGAAAAGAGAAGCAGACAGAAAGUACUACGAGCGAAAUCGUGAGCGCAAAAUUGCCGACGUGAAAGAGUACAAACGCAAAACGAAGCAGACAAAUGUUGGCGUGACACGGCGGUCUCAGCACGAGAAACAAAAGCAAUUUGCAGCUAAAAAGAAAAAACAAGAGGAGAAAGAUGCAAACGAGGAAAGAAGAGCAAAAAUUCGGCAGCAAACCAGAGAAAGAGCAAGACGAUUACGGGAGAAACGAAGGCAAGAAAUACGCCAAAGUUCAGAUGAGGAUACUGCCAGUCCUUCGAGACCCACUUUCCCGAACAGGAUGGCAAAGAAAAGGGCACUGAAGAAAACGGUUGAAGCUAUGCCAAAAACUCCGGAAAAAAAGGCGGAACUUUUUGAAGCGAUUUCAUCUAGUCCAAGGACAAGAAAAGUUCUUCAAAAGAAAGGCGUAAUAAAAUCCCCCGAAGAAAUAAAAGAAACUGUGGCACUACGAGCCCUUGCGGCGGACAUUUCGGAAGGAGCCGAACAUGUUAAAAGGAGCCGCUCAAAGAACACACAAGCUGCGUAUUCAGCAUUUAAACUUCUCGCCUUUGGUCAAAAUGUUGCCAAAGCCAGAGCGAAAAAGACCCUUUCCACAAUGGUAAAUCUUGGACGGAAGAGCGUGGGAAAGGCAGUCAAAGAGCGCCAAAAAAUAUUA